CAGCUCGAACUGUCAGCGGUAUGCAAACCGUCGCGUUUCUACUGCAAAUAAGCGUUUCCUAACGAAUCGAAGAAACGGCUGAACCUCGUCGAGUAGCUUUCCGUUGUUCGUGAGCCGAAAACGGUUUGCGAAAGAAGGAUUAACGGUGUAAAACGCGAGACAGUGGUAGAAACGGUGGGUGUGCACGCAAAAGAGAACGGCUUGCCGGCUCGGCCAGUCUACUGGAAGAUUCCAUUGUGAAUGGGCUUUCAAAAAGUUUUAUCUCCGAAAAGUCAGUGUUUUCGUGCAUUGGAUCGUUCGCCCAUGGAUCUAAGCUGAACAGCAAGGGAAUCGCAUGGAUUAACGAGAAGAUCGCAGAGACAAGAGGCUAUCGAAGGGUAUCGAAAAAUCGCGCGUAACGAUGUAAAGAACAAUGUAAGCCGCUGGCGUAAUUGCGACAAACCGAUAGACGAAAAGGUCGCGUACUACGAAGCAACGUAACAGAGGCAGAAAAGAAACUGGAAUCGAACGGAAGAAGAAUCGAAGAAAGAAGAGCGGUACGAUCGAUCGGUUCCUUAAACGAGUGCCCGAUCGAUCGUUUCCUUUCGAAGCUUUAUCGUGGUUUACACGAGACUACCUCGCGACGAGAAGUAUUUUCGAUCAUAUUAUUAGCGUACCUUUUCCGUCGAAGAGAACGCGUCUCUUAUAUCUCGUACGUUGGCGUGCACGCGAGAAGCUGGUGGCAGAUCGCGGAAGUAGAGAGAGAGAGAGAAAGAGCGAAUACGGGAGAAAAAGCGAGCGUAACGCGUGAAAGAUGUACAGAGAUCCGAACAGUUCGACUCUGUCUGGAAGCGGCAGCUCGACGAAGGGCGACGAGGUCGAGAUCGUUAGCAGAUUUUUAGCGCCUUUGUGCGCGAGGGAUGAAACUGCCAGGAAUAUCGCUCUGGCGGCGGCCAGGAACACGGUCGAGGGCUGGCUCGGUGGCGUUGGGAGCCCGAAUCACUGGGACGACACCGGUGAGAUGGAAGACGCCGAGAGUCUCGGAGGAAAAUUCAAGAGCCAAGACGGAAGAUACGACAUGAGCAUCGAGCGAUCACCGACCAAGUCAGCGCCGAAGAACGUGCAGCCUCCUCCGCGUCAGCAACAGCUGCUUCAAGACACCUUCAGAACGGAAGGAUUCUUUCCUCAAAGCGUUACCGAGAUCCCUGCGUUCCUCGAGGACAACAGCCUCGAGUGUUCCGAGAGAUAUCCGUCGGGUUCGUUCGACUGCGUCGACGGCCGUCUGGGGAACGAGACAGGCUACGGAACACCGAACGAGAGAAGAAGAUACGUGACCGACGUGGACAGCUACAGGUCCGGUCAUUCGACGUCGUCGGACGAGGGGAAGGGCUUCAAGAUAGACGCGCAGACGCAGGAUCGAUGUCUCAGGUUUAAGGACAACUCGGAGACUCGUUUCGGCUCGAGCAGCGAGAGCGAACGAAAAUACCUUGGCUCGUCCUCCAACGAGAGAUUGAACGAGGUUAGCCUCGAGGAUAGGCCCAGAACGAAGAACUACGCGAAGGUGAAAGGAGCCAAGCAAAAGCAGUUGGAGGACGAUGAGUUGGAUUCGGACACCAGGAUCUACGGGAAGAGUCCAAAGUUUGACGAGAAUCUAGCGGCGAACUUUGACCGUAGGAACUUGAAUUACCGUUCGAAGGGGGACACCUUGACGAGGGAUCGGCCGUGUUACGACAACGUGGACGACAUCUCGUUCGACGAACCCGAAAUCACCGUCAGGAACCGAGACGGGGUGGUGUUUAACACUUUGGACGGUUUCGAGAACGAGAACGCGAACGCGAACGUAAACGCCAACUCGAACGCUAACGAGAACGCGAACGAGAUUUAUCAGAGGCAGGAUGAUAAUCGUGGCGAGGAUAUACAACUGAAGAAUUUCGAGAUCUACGCGGACGAGUCUUUCGAGGAUGUACGGCAGCGAUGCGCGCGUCCCGAACAGUCGCAAGAUUAUCUACGCAGCAACGAGGAGAGGAAGUUGACCGCUGGUCAGAUCAAGAGACCGCUCUCGCAGGACGAAGAUGUCUCAUCGAAGAGCGGCAGAGUGCUCGAAAACGCUGACGUCACUCCUGGCGACGUUGGCAGGAUGCUUAAUCUGGGGAACGCGUUGGAUGGUCCCAGGCAAGCCCAACCGAACAAGUACCUCAGCCUGGUCACCUUGCAUCUGCCCGUGAUAUUGAGACUCAGCGUCAACUGUCCCUUUCAGAAUGUUAGAAUCAAAUGCGCGGAGAUUCUCGAGAUGGUUAAGGAUAGAGGACUUCCAGUACCAGUGCCAGCUUUCGAUGGACCUAGUGCCUUCGUCCCUACGUCAGAGUUGCCGGACCUUGACAACCUCGAUGAAAAGACUCAUAUUCUGUUGAUGGAUGCGUUCCUCCAGAACAACAGGCUGGAUCAUGUCUCGAGGGUGAUGGCCUCGCAUCCCUCGUACUUGGAACACUUCCUUCGUACUCAACAUUUCAUCCUGAGGGGCGACGGACCGCUUCCGUACGACUAUAGGCAUCUGAUCGCCAUCAUGGCCGCGGGUAGACACCAGUGCAGCUACCUGAUAAACCUGCAGAAGGGAGAGUUCCUUCUUCAAGGUGGCGAUCCGUCGUGGCUUCGAGGCUUGAAAUCGAUCCCAGGAAAAUUGCAAGAUCUCUAUGAGAUCAACAAGAUCUUGGCCCAUAGGCCGUGGCUGCUGAACAAAACGCACAUAGAGAAGCUGACUAAAGGCGCGGACAGUUGGUCCUUGGCCGAAGUCGUUCACGCGAUCGUUCUUCUAGCCCACUUUCACUCCCUCUCGUCUUUCGUCUUCUCCUGCGGGAUCAACGAGGAAUUGGACAACGUAGCCGGCCACAAUUACAAACAGAAUAUCCAGGAUAAUAGCAAUAACGUAUCAACUGCCAAAGAGAAAAUUUCCAGUAGUCCCAAGAAGAUUCCGAACGGCGAUGGCAAGACUGAAAACAUGCCGUCGCCGCCGUCCUCGCCGAGUAUAGUCGGCGAACAGGAAGUCGGCGUGGAAGCCCUGAUGGAGCGCAUGAAACGUUUGUCGGAAAAGUCCGAGUCGUAUCAGAUCACGCAAGAGGAAUUGUCCAAGAGAUUCGAGACGGUCGAAACGCAGUCGGCGGAACUGGCAGCCGCGCCGCAGAGGAGUAGCUCGGUUCUCGAUUCCGACAUUGGUCAUUUCAUCGAGGAUCCCACCUUCAUCUACCAAGACUUCGCCAAGCGAGGUCAACUGAACGACAUACCGACUUUUCGCGUACAAGACUAUUCUUGGGACGAUCACGGUUACUCGUUGGUCAAUCGUCUGUACAACGACGUCGGUAAUCUGCUGGACGAUAAAUUCAAGACAGCUUACAAUCUUACGUAUUACACGAUGGGCACGCACAGCAAAGUCGACACGUCCCGUUUCAGACGAGCCAUCUGGAAUUACAUUCAAUGUAUGUUCGGCAUCAGACACGACGAUUACGAUUACAACGAGGUGAAUCAGCUGCUCGAACGGAGCCUCAAGACUUUUAUAAAGAGCGCCGUCUGUUAUCCGGAACGUGUCACCAAAAGGGAUUACGAUCGCGUCAUGAGGGAGUUCAAGCACAGCGAAAAGGUUCACGUAAACUUGAUGAUCUUGGAGGCCCGAAUGCAGGCGGAGCUGUUGUACGCGCUCCGAGCCGUCAUGCGAUAUAUGACCUAAGCGAAGCCAAUCGUCCUCGCUUCUUCGUCUACUUGCUGUCUGUCAGUUUAUCGUCGAUUUAUUUUAUCGUGUAGCUGGCGCGCCACGAGUUCGCGAGUCGUCAUCGCCGUCGCCGUUUCGCGCACGAUCGAGGCACAGAGAAGAAACGAGCGAACGCGACACCGAUUCUCACGCAGCAUAUAAUUAAAUAACCGUAUCCUCGCACGGUGACACGCGUACACAUAUUCGAUCGAUCCGAUCCAUCUGUCCCUAACGUACUACGCAUACUACGAGAGAAGUUCGCGUUCCUGUCGAUACGCGUAGCGCGUCAACGAAGAACAACUCCGCUAAAACGAUCGAACAGAAAGAAGCGAUUCGAAAAAAGGGAAGAAGAGGAACAAGUUUUUUUUAUCAUCGAACACGCGGAGAAUUUGGUGAAUUUUUGAAAGCGUUUACCUUUUUCAUUUUGUAUACCCCUGGCGGGGAAGAGAAGACAA